GUGGAGCUGCUGAAGUACAUGCUGUAGAGGCCUUACCUGAGCUUUGCAAGCUGAUCCCAAAAGUCCUGGCGGGCGCGCUGCCGAAGGAAGAGGAUCGGCGACGAGUUGUCGUUCAUUGCGACUUCGUGGAGAAUCUGUGCCAGAGGAAAAGCGAUGCAUGGCCAAGGAGCGCAGACGUCGUUGUUUCAGAGUGGCUUGGAAUCCUGGGCCUCAACGAGGGCAUGGCUCUGCCCCUGCUGCGCUGUCGGGAUUCCUUCAACCCGAGGCCACUCAUGGUGCCCGGCUUGCUGCGGAUCUGGAUUCAAGCGGCGGCUAGUGCUCCCACUGGUGCAGGACGGCGAUGUGGUCCACUGGCCUGUCCUUCUGAGGCUCUCGUGGGUAGCCCUUGCCUGCUUUUGGAGGCCGAUCUCAACACAUGCAGUGCAGCCGAUCUCUUUGAGGCCGCAGGGCAGCAGCUUUCGCUAAAGGAGAUCGAGGACAGCGCAGGCUUGGUCGGUUGGUUCGAUCUCCAUUGCUCCCGGGAACAUGAGGACGUGGUGCUCUCAACUUCACCGUGGGCACCCCAAACUCACUGGGCACAGUGUUGGAUGCCUUUUCGACGCCCACUGAGCCAGGUUUCCGUAGAGGUGCGACUGCGGCUGGUCGCACAGACAUCUACAGCUGGAUUGCCUGAGCUUUGCCUCGAGCUCAGCGGCAAGGAUGUGGAGCAAUCUGACUGGGCUCGCUUCUUCCUCGACCGCGCUCAGGUAGAGUAUGGGGCAGCAUCCACACCAACGGGUCCUCGGUGCAAGAAGCCACGGCUGUCGGAAGGUGCUCCCGACAUCGAGGCGGUCUUCUUCCCUUCCGAUGUCCAGGAGCUCAUUCUGCUGGCGAAGAAG